GGCUUGGGCUGCUUCGAUUUGCUGUUCAUAAAAUUUGUCUAAGUUAGUUAAGGGUUCAAAAUUAACAGAAUCAAUCUGAAAUAGGACAGUUGGAAGUAGGAGUGUAACCACCAAAUGGACGAAUUGAGGAAGUAAGACUCUAACGUUCAGUACUCUACGGAUCCAUCGGUCGUAUGAAUUAAUAAAUUAUUUCCUAGCAGAAUUCCCCGAGACUUGCCAUCCUGGUGAGGUUCAUAGUCGUGUUUUCAGGCCGUGUCGUGUCUCCUUCAGUUCGGGGAGACGUUGAGAAGUGUUGCGAAGAGUGGAGCAGCUCGCGAAUGCAAGAAGAAAAGCACAGAAAAAGAUAAAUAAAGUGAUCUGAAAGGGAAGCGAUCCGGUCUGGACGGAGCUGGUCGAAGAAGAAUCAGAAUUCAUAAGCGGAAGAAGAGAAAGAAGCAUGAAAAAUGAUGCAAUUAUAUAAUUAAGAAGUUUGAAAUAUUUUCGUCUGUGUGUGAUGUGAGAGCAGCAACCAGAAACGGGCAGAGGUCUCCGUGCCGUUUUUUCCCCUGUUGUUUCGGAUCGCGAGGAGUAUAUUAUUAUUUUUCACGGUCUCUCAGGUUUCGCGUGUGUGCUUUCUCGUCUGGUCCUUUACCUACAUCGAAGUCGCGAAGGAGAAAAAUUCUCAGCGAUUAAGAUCGAUAUCGCACAGAGGAGGGCAUCGUACGGGAAGAAGACACAAGACACAAACCCACGUGUGGAGGUCGGUGGUCAGCAGUGAUGGGGCCAAUCAAGUUCAACCUGUCAGUUGCUUCGGUCGGAGGCCUGAUGGUUUGUUUACUGACAUUGGUCACAGUGGGUCACGCGGCAAUAGCGACCACAGCAGAUGACGGUGACGUAUCUGCUGGAGCGACGGUGAAUAGAAAGGUGACAGCUGAUGGCGGUCAUCAGUAUGAGGAAUUGCCACCACUGGCAAAACCGACGGCUGUGAAAGAGGGAAGGAAAGCGACGGAAUCAGUGAUGGAGCCAUGCCGGGAAGCGUGCUCGAAAAAG